AUGACCAAUUCUGAGAGCCAGGCUGGAGAGAACCGGACCCUCUCCGGUGUGUUCAUCCUGGUGGGGUUUUCCUACCUUGGCGAGCUGCAAAUCCUUCUGUUUCUGGUGUUUCUUCUCACCUACUUGCUCGCCCUGAUGGGGAACCUGCUCAUUAUUCUGCUGAUAAAGCUCAACCCCUCCCUCCAUACCCCCAUGUAUUUCUUCCUGGUGAACCUGUCUGUCUCGGAAAUCUGCUGCACCACCAGUGUGAUCCCUCAGCUGCUGAUUCACCUCCUGGUGGAGGAAAAGACCAUCUCCCUCAUGGGCUGCAGAGCCCAGAUAAACAUCUUCAUACUUGCAGGCCUCACGGAAUGCUGCCUCCUCGCGGCCAUGGCCUACGACCGCUACGUGGCCAUAUGCCACCCGUUGCGCUACACCACCAUCAUGAGUGGUCAGGUGUGUGCCGGGCUCAUGGGGGCUUCGUGGCUCAUCGGCAUCUCGGUGUCCGUAGCUCAGACCACACGGGCCUUCAGCCUGCCCAUGUGUGGAUCCCACCGCAUCCACCAUUAUUACUGCGACGCAGAACCAGUCGAGAAGAUGCUCUGCACUGACUCAUGGAAGAACAUGAUCGUGACCUUGGCCCUGGUGGUGCUGUUUGUUUUGGGCCCUUUUUUACUGAUCGUUCUGUCCUACGUCCGCAUCAUCUCCACCAUCCUCAAGCUGCCAUCAGUGGCGGGAAGGAGUAAAGCCUUCUCCACCUGCUCCUCCCACCUCACGGUGGUGACUUUGUACUAUGGAACAUCCAUUCUGAGUUACCUGAAACCCAAAUUAAACUCCACCAUCGAGAGCGAUCAGCUGAUAUCCCUCAUGUACACAAUUGUGAUCCCUGUGUUGAACCCCAUCAUUUACACUCUGAGGAACAAAGAAGUGAAGGGAGCUUUUCGAAACACAGUCGGGAAGGUCAUCCUUUCAUGCAACCGGAGAUACUAG